GGUUCCAUUCUAUCUUGUCCUCACUCACUCUCAUAUUAUACUUGUCAUCAUGUUUAUAUUCUGAACCUCACCUACAUUCUAUCUCUCAAUUCCAACAGCAGAACUCUGCCUGAAGAAUAGUACAUCCACAGCCUUUGAUUGCAAUUGCAGUUACAUAGAGUCUGUAACAAGCAAUGAUUAAUCGGAUAGCAAUAGCAGCGGUGGUGAUUCUCAUAGGAUGGGCUUAUAUGGCCAUACAGCCUCCUCCACCAAAAAUAUGUGGAUCCAUUAACGGUCCUCUGGUUACUUCACCUAGAGUGAAACUCAACGAUGGGAGACAUUUGGCUUACCGGGAGUUUGGUUUUCCAAAGGAAGAAGCUAGGUACAAGAUCAUUGUCGUUCAUGGAUAUGCCAAUUCCAAAGAUACUCAUUUGCCAGUUUCUCAAGAACUUAUUGAUGAUCUUGGGAUAUAUUUCCUCUACUUCGACAGAGCAGGUUAUGGGGAUAGUGAUCCAUAUCCGUCACGUUCAGUGAAGAGUGAAGCAUAUGAUAUUCAAGAACUAGCAGAUAAAUUACAGAUUGGGAAUAAAUUCUAUAUCAUUGGAAUAUCAAUAGGAGCUUAUCCAGUUUGGAGCUGCCUAAAGUACAUUCCACAUAGAUUAUCCGGAGCAGCUUUGGUAGUUCCAUUUGUAAAUUAUUGGUGGCCUUCUUUUCCUGUUAAUCUAUCAACAGAGGCAUUUCAAAUGCUCCCUCAACCAGAUCAAUGGACAUUUCGAGUUGCACAUUACACCCCUUGGUUAUUCUAUUGGUGGAUGACUCAAAAUUGGUUCACUUCAUUGAGUUUCACAAAUGCUGAAAUGUUCCCUCCGGAUGAUGUUGAGAUCCUUAAAAGCCUCUCAGAAGCCCCAAGCACUGGCCAGGAGAAAAUAACACAGCAAGGUGAGUAUGAAUCAUUAUACCGCGACAUAAUUGCUGGUUUUGGAAAGUGGGAGUUUGGCCCAACAGAGAUAAGAAAUCCAUUUUCUGAGAAUGAUGGUUCAGUUCACAUUUGGCAAGGCCUUAAAGAUAAGGUGAUUCCCUAUACACUGAACCGCUACAUCUCACAGAAACUUUCCUGGAUUCAUUAUCAUGAGCUUCCUGAAGGAGGUCAUUUAUUUAUAUUUAAGAGUAAUCAAUGUGAGUCCAUAAUUAGAGCACUUAUAUUAUCAUAAGGUAUUCAUAUGAUAUGAUAGUGUCUGUUAAAAAACUAUUAGUCUACAUAUUGUCUUGUGCUUUUUGCGUGAAAAUGAUACUCUUACAUGUUAGAAGUUAUAAUUCAAUGUCUUGGAUGCAAGCUUGUGUUCGAUGUAGGUGUGUUCGGCCUAAUCGAAGUAAUAGUAUUCGACAUAGUCGAAUACAACAUUUUGUUGUUGUGUCGAAGCCAAAAUAUGUUUUGGGCUUAGGUUGUAAGUUUUGGGCUUAGGCCUUGAUCGCUUAUAAAUAGGCAUGCUAUUGAAUAGUUAUAUAAUUGAACACUUAACAACUUUAGUAAUAACAACUUCACAUAUUCAAAAUACAUUUUUCUCUCUUUUCUCUUUUCUUCUUCCUCGUCUUUCUUGAAAAUCCUAAUUGUCCCAACAAAUUGGUAUUAACAAGCUCGAGUUGUGUUUUAGAGAGAAUCUAUAAUGGCAAACGGGACAACAACAUCAACACAAUUUCCAGCAAAUCUACCAAUUUUCAAAGGCGAGAAUUAUGAGAGGUGGAUUGUGCAAAUGAAUGUCAUCUUUUGAUUUCAAGAUGUGUCUGAAAACUUGAAUGAUGGAGUACUGGCAUUGAAAGCAAAUGCAGAUGAUGAAUAUAAGGCUGCACACAAAGAUAAAGGAAGAAACAUGGAAAACUCUGUUAUUGAUUCAUCAACGUGUGGAUCCUAACCUGUUCGAGAAGAUCAUUGAAGAGGAAACGACCAAAGGAGCAUAGGACAAGCUGAAGAACGUGUACAAAGGAGAUGAAAAACUGAAAAGGGUGAAGUUGUGGACAUUGAGAAAAUAAUUCAAGAUGACUCAGAUGAAGAAAGAUGAAUCAGUCUCAGAAUUCUUUUCACAUGUGGUGCUGUUAACGAACCAGAUGAAGGUGUGCGGUGAAUCAAUCAACGAUUUACAAAAGAUAGGGAAAGUGUUGAGAUCUCUGACUCCAAAUUUUGAUUACAUUUUAGUGUCUAUUGAAGAGUCCAAGAACUUAGCUGAGAUGAAGUUGGACGAACUUCAAGAUUCAUUAGAGCCUCAUGAGAUGAGGCUGAGGUUGAGGAACUAAGAAAAGGAUAAGGUGGUUUAAUAUGCGCUGCAAGCAAGAUUCAUCAAGAAGUCUCGAAAAGAGAAGGUGAAACAUAGAAAGAAUCUUGAUAGUGAUGAGAAUUCAAGCAAAAACUCAAAGAAUCACACUGAUUCAACCAAAAAACACAUGGGCAACAAGUACUCGAAAAAGAAAGUUGACAUGAAGGAGGUGCAGUGUUACGACUCUCAAGGAUUUGGCCAUUAUGCUCGAGACUAUCGAAGAAAGAAAGAAGCAAGAGAAAAAAGAUGGUGAUGAAGUGAAAUAUGCUCAUGCUGGAGAUAGUUAUUUUGAGGAUGUGCUACUAAUGGAAAAUACGCAAUCGAGCAAUGAGCAAACCAAAACGUGGCACCUAGAUUCAGGAUGCAGCAACCACAUGACUGGUAAUAAAAACUGGUUCACCAAGUUAGAUGAAUCAGUCAAGAAAGUGAUCAAGUUUGCAGAUGGCAGACACGUCAGAUUAGGUGGUAAAGGAAACAUAUAUGUGGUUAGAAAUGAUGGUCGAAAAGCCAACAUCAUUGAUAUGUUGUAUGUACCUUUGAUGACAAGUAACUUGAUAACCAUAGAUCAAUUGCUUGCGAAAGGGUACAACUUGAUGGUAGAAAAGAAUUAGAUGAAAGUAUAAGAUGGUGAUGGAAUAUUGAUUCUGAAAGCACCAUUGGCAGACAACAAACCUUCAAAGUAGAGAUCAACACGGUUGAUCACAAGUUUCUUGCUUCAACUGCAGAAGAAAACAAGAAUUGGCAAUGACAUCACAGGUAUGGGCAUCUAAACUUCAGAAGUUUAGGUAUGCCCAACCAGAAAAAGAUGGUGUAUGGCUUACCUCAGGUGAAGGAACCAAGUCAGGUGUGUGAGGAAUGUUGCAAAGCAAAGUAGGCUAGGAAAGCAUUCAAGCAUGACUUGCCCAUGAGGUCGAAGGAAAAGUUAGAGCUAGUUCACUUUGAUGUGUGUGGACCUUUUGAAGUAAGGUAACAACUAUUUCUUAACUUUCAUAGAUGGAUUCACCCAAUACAUGUGGAUUUACCUUAUUGAACGGGAAAGUGAGGUAUUCAUACGGUUGAAGAAGUUUAAACUGCAUGUCGAGAAACAAAGUGGAUGCAUGUUAAAGAAAUUGAGAAUUGAUGGUGGAGGUGAAUACACCUUUAGAGAAUUUGCUAAAUUAUGCAAUGAGGAAGGUAUAGAGCAUGUGGUCAUUGCACCCUAUACACCUCAGCUUAAUGGUAUAGAUGAGAGGAGUAAUCGAAGUAUACUGAACAUGACAAAAAGUAUGUUGAAAGCUAAAUAAAUGCCAAAGAGAUUUUGGGGUGUGUCAUACCCCAAUUUUUGACCCUAAGAUCACACAUCAUUUGCAUACCAAUCAUCAAUCAAGAAGUUUUAACUUAGAGCUCUACUUGUGGUGUUAUGCUCAAUUCAUCUGCAAGGGAAUCAUCAAGCACCCAUGUUUAGUCUUGUAUAUAUUGUCUUACUAACCAAAAUACCAAAAAUAUUGCCUUGUGCUUUUGUAUGUUUGUGUUUUGUAGGUACCAAGUCAAAGUAUCCUUCAAAAAGAGCAUUUUUCAACAUUUUCACUAUGCAAAUCGAUUUGCAUAAGGUGUAAAUCAAUUUACACAACUGUUUCUGCACCAAAUUUGCUUCUGCCAUCAGUGCAAAUCGAUUUGCAUAAGACAGCAAUCGAUUUGCAUAACUGUUUUUGCCCCAGAUUUUGCCUUUUUCAGCAAUGUAAAUAGAUUUGCAUAAAGUGUAAAUCGAUUGCACCAGUGCGAAUUUGAAAAAAUGAAGGCAAAUUUCAGAUUUUGAAAGUGUUGACAUCAUUUGCAAGCAUGGGAAGCAUGACUUAGCUCUUGUAUUUGAUUACCUACAUCAUUUAAUCAUAAACCCUCAUGUGAUUGCAUCAAGACCAUUGGAUCUCAUUUUUGGCUCCAAAUCCUUUUCCCAAGCCUAAUUCUAUUUUCCAAUCCUAACUCCAAGCCACAAAAUUUCCCAAGCCUAAGUGCUAUAAAUUGAGGCAUUCCCCUCUUCAUUUUUCAAGCUUUGAUAGCCAAGAAAACUCUUGCUCUUUCUCUCCUCACCUCUUCCAAACCCCUCACUCAAAGCUCUUUUUCUUCCACACAAAUUAGUGAGUCACAUCUUGAACCUCACUAAUUUAGAGCUAAACCUCAACAUAAACACUACUUUUUCUUCAUCAAUUGUGAGAGAUCAAGGCUUGUGGUUGUGUGUUCUUGAAGAAGAUUCAAAGCUUGUGAAAGAUUUGGUAAAAUUCUAGAUCCAUUCCAUAAUUCAAGAUGUGAUCUAUUGUUGUUUAUGCUUGAUGCACCUUUGGUGCUACAUUGAUGAGUUUUGCUUGCUUACUUGAUACAUUUUUGUGCACAAAUUGAUCCGAGAUCACAAGGUGUUUGGUUUUAUGUUUAAACAAGUUUUCUUCUCUUGAUUUGCUGUUUUUUUGAAAACUGUGUUGUGCAAAUCGAUUUACAUCUGGUGCAAAUCGAUUUACACAACUGAAAAACUGCGCAGAUUUGAAAACAGAGUUAUGCAAAUCGAUUUACACUCUGUGCAAAUCGAUUUACAUCUGGGCAGAAUGCUUGUUUUUGUGGUUUUUGACUUGUUUUUGGUUCUAACUCAUCUUCUACUCCAUUCUUUUGAUAUUUUCUUUGAAUCACAAGUUAGAGGCCUAAUUUCUCUCUAAUUUCAAUGGACUUAGGGCGUCGAUAGGAUGAGAAUCCAAAUCCGCAAUAUUAAGUGAUUGAAAUUAUGGAUGAAAGGAGCUUUUGAAUAUGGUUCCAUCUUUUAUUUCUUUUUCUUUUGAUCGAUGAAAGUCUUUGAUACCUUGAGAAUUCUUAUGGAUUCUUGGUAAAGACUAGAUCACUCCUUAUUUUCUUUUCGUGCGGUAUUGCUUUCGGAGAAUGAUCUACAUAUCAUUUCUCUCGCAUGCAUUAGCACAUAAAGUUUUGACCGGCCUCGUUGUAGGGUGAUUUCUACAUAAAUCACUUGGCGAUCUGCUUAACAUAGCGCAAUAUUUCGUGUCCCGAAUAGAAAAAGAUCAAAUAUGGAAGAGAAUUGUAUGCGGUUGAUUUAAGACUUAUGGAGGUUUUAUCGUGUAGUCGCUAUGAUUUUAUCAAGCUUCUGAUAAAUGUCCAUUGAAUUUAAAUCCGAGAACAUCCUUCACUCACCAUCGAUCUUAAUUACUAACUUUGAUAACAUACUUGACAAGUUUCAAGAUGGUUAUCUUUAACAUCUAACAAUUGACUUUAAUUUCUGCACUUUAUUAUAUUGCUCUUUAUAUUUCUCGCUUUAUCGCUUUAUUUUAUCAUUUCAUCAUAUUUACAUUCUGCUAUUUUCUCUUUGUCUAUUUGGACAUAUGUUUAUGCUUCCGCUAUUUUUCUUUUGUCCACUUGGACCAUACUUUACUUUUAUGCUAAAACACUAAUAAUCAACCAAAAUCUAAAAAACACAUAAGGUUCUCUUUGGACUAUUGGUUACUAUCCCUAGCAUUUUGGAGAUUUGGACUUAUGGACUUAGUACCUCUGGACCCUUGUUCUGUUGUUACUCUGCUGUUAUUCUGUCUGUCUGGCAUUGGAUUGUUGUCUGUUUGUAUGUGCAGGUAUUUCCUUGAAAGCCCUUGAUGGUUAAUUCCAAGGCAUUGAUAUAAGGAUUUCACCCGAAAACAGCCGUUACUCUGCCCGAUUUCCGUCAGAAUUUUAAUGUGCUUAAUGCAAAGUGGUGCUAAGAUAAUAAGUUUCAUCUGGAUCCCCAAGUGGUAAUGUGAUUGGUUUGGUAUUGAUAAGUCCAAAGGAUGGGAAAUCUACCUUGACUCACAAUGUCAAGUGUUGGCUUCUUAUUUCGGUUAGACCGUUCUUUUCCUUAGCUUUUAUUUUACGCAAUAGGAUAGCCUCUUCAUCUCCUCCCCUUCUUUAAUUUUCAAAAUCUUCUCUCUUUUUCCAAAACAUUCUUAUGUUUUCAAACCUUUUCAAAACCUUUUUUUUAAAAAAAAAAAUCUUUUGCCCUUAGUGACCUUUUUCUCCAAAAGUUUAGACACUGUUAAUUGUCGAAACGAGUGGUUAUACCCCACGAUUUUGAAAUUGAUUGAUAUAAUGAGAUCUUUUCCGCGUGAGAGAGCUAGUGGCAUACUCGUUGAUUUUAUCCGAGUUGGAGCCCUUCUUUCAUUUGCGAUGCAAAGAACUCGUUUGUUCUCAUGAUCAAGAUCAAUGGCUGAGUAUUUCUCUCCGACAACGAUAAAGUGUUUAUUCGUUUUUUUUUAAAAAUGUUUUCCCUUUUAAGCGGAACUACAUUAGCUCUGACUUCUCCAUUGCACCGAAGAGGUAUGUAGGCACAAGGCUUAACGCUUUGCCGAACUUAUUUUAAAAAUAAAACAAACCCUUUUUUAGCACACACACGACACAGAUUUUCAAAAAGGUUCCUGUGGAGUACCACAGAUAUGAGGGGUGCUUAAAACCUUCCCCUCAUAUAAUCAACACCCGUACCUAAGAUCUCUUCUUUUUGUUUUUAAAAACAAACUUUGGGUUUUUUUCCGUUCUUUUCCCUUUUCCUUUGGAAACAAUAAAGCACGGUGGCGACUUUCACUGAAAUAUUGAGUCGAGUCAAUCCUAUGGCUUCGAUCUCAGAUUUUCCCCGCUACAGAAAAAUUCUUCAUCACCUCCCCUUCUUUAAUUUUCAAAAUCUUCUCUCUUUUUCCAAAACAUUCUUAUGUUUGCAAACCUUUUCAAAACCUUUUUUAAAAAAAAAAAAUCUUUUGCCCUUAGUGGCCUUUUUCUCCAAAAGUUUAGACACUGUUAAUUGUCGAAACGAGUGGUUAUACCCCACGAUUUUGAAAUUGAUUGAUAUAAUGAGAUCUUUUCCGCGUGAGAGAGCUAGUGGAAUACUCGUUGAUUUUAUCCGAGUUUGGGCCCUUCUUUCAUUUGCGAUGCAAAGAACUCGUUUGUUCUCAUGAUCAAGAUCAAUGGCUGAGUAUUUCUCUCCGACGACGAUAAAGUGUUUAUUCGUUUUUUUAAAAUGUUUUCCCUUUUAAGCGGAACUACAUUAGCUCUGACUUCUCCAUUGCACCGAGGAGGUAUGUAGGCACAAGGCUUAACGCUUUGCCGAGCUUAUUUUAAAAAUAAAACAAACCCUUUUUUAGCACACACACGACACAGAUUUUCAAAAAGGUUCCUGUGGAGUACCACAGAUAUGAGGGGUGCUUAAAACCUUCCACUCAUAUAAUCAACACCCGUACCUAAUAUCUCUUCUUUUUGUUUUUAAAAACAAACUUUGGGUUUUUUCCGUUCUUUUCCCUUUUCCUUUGGAAACAAUAAAGCGCGGUGGCGACUUUCACUGAAAUAUUGAGUCGAGACAAUCCUAUGGCUUCGAUCUCAGAUUUUCCCCGCUACAGAAAAAUGGCGACUUCACUGGGGAUCCAGUUUUAAGUGUGUUAAGCCUAUUUUUGUUUAUCUAUGUGUUUUUUUCUGUAUAUAUAUAUUGUGUGCUUUGUUUGUUUUUUUUUUCUUUUUGGUGCUUAAUGGUUCCUCUGUGAUGAGAUAAAGUUCUAACCCGGACUUUGGUGAGUAACUUGAGAUAGGAGGUGGUAAGACCAAUAGUCGCAUGUCAGGAGCAAUCCUUAGCAUGAGCGUCAUAUGGUGGAACCCCAAUCAGUGGAUGCCUCAUGGAAGGUAGUAGAUGUUGUUACGAAUCAUCGUAAGAACGCUAUUACUUUCAAUAGUGAGUGUCCGUAGAAGCUGAAUGGCCUAGAACCCUUUUAACCCAUCUAAGCCUUUUUAGGAUGUAGCGCAGAAACAAGGUCAAGUACCAAUUUGAGCUUGUUGUCAUGCGAUGCUACGCUCAGACGAGGUCUUUUUAGGCAUAUUAUUGGCGUCCAUGAGCAAUUGUGCGUGCCGGUAGUAUCCGAUAGAAGAUUGAAAACUCUGGGAACCUUAUUAGAACCCGUUCGGCAGGUACAAAAUUCCCUAGUACAUACCUUUGUGGGUGGUUCUUAAUUUUGACUCCAUGCUCGUGACGUCGAACCUUUGAACCCUGUUUAUGCGACCAUGUGUGAUCUUAAUUGUGAUUGAUGCAUAAACCAUGCAUCCAUGCAUUCAUUUUAUUUCCAAGGAACUCAUAGGUCUUCCUUUGUAAACAUCAUAAGUUUCAUCAAACUCAAUGGAUCUUGGGUGUUGAUGGGGUGAAAACUCUAAUCCACCAAAAUGGAUGAUUGAUCUUGAUGAUAACUUGAUCAAAGCUUUGAUCCAAUAUAGGAUUUACCUCCUUCAUGUUUUGAUGUUUACAAAUUAAUAACUUGAAUUCCUUGAAAAUCAAAUAAAUAAAAAGAAACAACAAUAAUUGCAUCAUUUGCAUACAUACAUCCAGGUUGUCCAGAAAACUUAUCCUUAUCUGUCUCCAUCUUCAGAGUUUGUCUGUCUGCUGUCAAGCUGAUUCCUCGACACAUUGAACUAGAAGCAUGUAUCUGAAAAGUAUGGAAGAACUUCAACAAGACCAAGAGUUUCUAAGAGCAGAGGUCAGCUAGUUGAAAAUUCAGAUGAAUCAAAUUAUGGAAAUCCUGCAAAGUCUUGUCGAAGAAAGAAUGCAACAUUCCUCCGAUUAUCACAAAGCAAGUGAAUACUCCUUUAGCCUUUUCCGUUGCUACUCCAACUCAGGGGAAACCAUAUGUUAUGUCAUGUGAUUCAUAUUUUGAAGUAGAGAAGGAAACACCUGUUUGCUUUCCUCAAUCAGUGCUUCAUAGGACUCUGCAUCAACAUCCAUUGUCUGUUCCUUCUCAAGGUAACAAAAAGCAGAAACAAGAUCAGAAUCGCGAUAGGACUCAUUUUGAUCCUAUUCCUAUGUCAUACACUGAAUUGUAUCCUACAUUGGUCCAUAAAGGGUUGAUCACAACAAGAACCAUGCCGCCUCCUCGAAACCCUCCCUCAAAAGGAUUCCGACCUGAUCUUCAUUGUGAAUUCCAUCAGGGUGGUGCUGGCCAUGAUUUUGAAGGUUGUUAUGCUUUGAAGACUAGAGUUCAAGAGUUGGUGAGAUCAAAAAUGUUUUCUUUCAAGGACAUGGGUCCUAAUGUUGUCACCAAUCCUUUACCAGAUCAGAGUGGCUGAAGACAAGUCAAAGCCCGUUUUUCCUAAAGCCAAGUGUUUCAGACGAGAUAGCUCAUCUUGGUUGCUGAUUAGUCACUAGGCCUUGAUUUUGUACUGUUUGUAUUUCCUUUAUGGUGUUGUUUACUUUUAGACUUUGUUUGUUUUUGAAUGGUGAUUUUAAUGAAAUGAGCAUUGCAUAUUUUGAAUUCAUUCACAUCCACUGUGUUUAUGUUUAUACCUUCUUUUACAAAAACGUUUUCUUCCAUUUGCUUUCUCUAUCAAACUUGUGUUUUAUGCAAAGAUUGGAGGGAGGAUGAUGACAACGAAAUACCCAAGUUGUUGAACUUUAUGCUUUCAAAUAAAACUCUGCUGAUGAUGUACAGGCAUUGUUUCAAUUCCAAAACACUGGAGAAAUAAGGAAGUUAAUCCCUUGUCAACCCCUCUGAGCCUUUGAAGUUGGUGUUUCUUUCUGUAUGAAAAAACCCGCAUUUUAAACCUGGGGAAGGGUAGUUCUCAACUAAUUUGGCUGUGCAUUCUAUUUUAAGAGAAUCAUUCAGUACACCUUUCCACAAAGGUUUCAAUCACAAGCUUUCCUCCGCAUACAUCAAAGAAAUGUUGGAGAUGUCAAUCAAAAGCCAAUGAUGGUUCAUCAAUCAUUAAGCAAGGCAGUCACUAUCUUUAAAAGAAAAUGUGUAUUAAAAAAAGAAUCACAUAAAAGCCUGCUAAGUCAAAACCAAAAAACGACUUAGGCAAAAAUAAGGGCAUCCCGCUGACUGUAAGUGAAAAAAUAGACAGUUCAGGCAAAAGUUAGGGAUAUCAAAAGAAAAAGAUGAAAAAAGAGAAGUCAAUAAAUUCCUCAAGCAACAAAAUGUUGUGACAACAAAAAGGAAGAAGUGACUGCCAUCUCAAAAGUUCUCUUUGCAUAUGAACUAUCAUCAUUAUCAAAGGUGCAAUUCCAGAAGCCUCUUGGAACCUGAAUGCAUAAGCUGAAUUAACUGAGUUUUAGGACUGGAGAUCAUCACGAAGAUGGGGUGGGUACAAUCAAAUUUUGAGCCUUAUAUCCUUUGUUUCUUAAACCGUGAACCAGGCCACGUUACAACCUUUAAAAGACCUAAUUGAAGCAAGGUUUGUUUGAAAGCAUACUACAACAAGGUUGCGUAAGCUGACUCCCAUGAGAUUUUCCAAUCAUUUGUUUUGAUAUCAUGCCUUUGCUUUAUCUUUCACUUUGAAUGUCUUAACCUUUAUGUUUUGACCAGUGAUUCCAUUUGCUUUACAUCAAUAACAUCAUUCCAAUAAUGAUUUUGAUUUCAAAAAUAUUCUUUGAGCAUUGCAUUAAAAUUACCAUUCUUGAAUGAACAUUUUAUUUGUAAGUAAGCACUCAUCUUUCAGGAAGUUCAAACAGUCGAGAAACUUGAUUAGUGAUCCAAUCAGGGGCACGUUACUUCAAGAUCCUGUUGUUCAGAUGUCCAGUCAAGAUUUGUUGAUCAGAAUAUCGUUUCAAGACUUAUACUGGGGCAAGCCAUCCCAACAUGCAUAUCAAGAAUUGAAGCCACGAUCAGUUCAUCCCUAAUACAGUUCAGCUGAAGCCAUGAUCAGUUAACUUGCAACAAUUAGUCAAUAAGGGGCAAUCUUCUUCAGUAAUCCCCAAGCAACUUUAUCAGUCCUUCUCAGAGGAUCACCAGUCUGAUACAGUUACCAAUGUGACAAGAAGUGUGUCCAAGCAUCUUCUUCAUAAGCAGAAUUGGCAGGGUUCCCGUGUUGAGGAAUCGAGUUCCUAUCGUGCCUCACAAAAGAGUCUCCCUCAGUUGUAACAAACAAUUGCAUUGCAUUGAUCAUAUAUCAUGCAUAGAAAAAUUCAACAUCAUGCAUUGAAACAAAUUUCAUACUCAUUUGCAUUUUUCGAGGUUCUGUUGCUAUCAACAUCUUCACCUUGAGAUCAAAGUCCAACUUACUUGGCACCUAUCCAAAACAGAUACUUGUUUGUCUUGUCCGUCUAUUGUUGUUCCUUGAUGUAUCCUUUCUUCAUUUAGUGCCAUUCCUGGAUGUUAUGAUUUCUCCCUCUUCUUUCAGUGUCAUUCCUGAAAGAUUUCGACCAUGUUUUAUCUUGAUUGUCUCUGAUCAUGCUUUAUCCUGAUCAUUUACACCAUGUUUUAUCUUGAUUCCCUUCAAUCAUGUUUUAUCUUGAUUGUCUCUGAUCAUCCUUUAUCCUGAUCAUUUACACCAUGUUUUAUCUUGAUUCCCUUCAAUCAUGUUUUAUCUUGAUUGUCUCUGAUCAUGCUUUAUCCUGAUCACUUACACCAUGUUUUAUCUUGGUUCCCUUCAAUCAUGUUUUACCUUGAUUGCCUCUGAUCAUGCUUUAUCUUGAUCGCUUACACCAUGUUUUAUCUUGUUUCCCUUCAAUCAUGUUUUAUCUUGAUUGCCUCCAAUCACGUUUUACCUUGAUUGUCAUUCGAUGUUAUCCAAUCAUGUUUUACCUUGAUUAUCCCUUAAUGACAUCCAAUCAUGUUUUACCUUGAUAGACCUGUGAUGAUUAUCUAAUCAUGUUCUACCUUGAUUAUCCAUUAAUGAC